AUGGUAUUCCGCUUCACGAAUGAUUGGGAUAAAGAGUUGCUGCGGGAGCUCAUACACCUCAAGCCUUUCGCAGCGGUCCGUGGUACAACACUGCGCGUAUGGAGCGAUAUCGCAGCUUCCCUAUCAUCUGCCUUUGGUGUGGAGGUCAACGUGAAGCAGGUUUGCGACCGGCUCACGCUUCUGAAGCAAAUGCUCAAGGAUUCCGAAGCCGCUGCUGCUCUAGGCAGCGGGAUCGAAGAGUCAGUUGAUGCUGUUAACGUCCAAAGCCAUUACGAUGAGCGCGAAGGGCUUGUACGGGAGUUUGUGGCGCUAGAGGACCACUUCAAGUCAGAGAAAAAAAAACAGUCAAGACCAAAAAGCAGCAAAAGGAUGAACAAUUAG